UCGCGGUUUGCGGUCUCGCCGGAACAUUCUCCUCUUGCGGUCGAUACCCCGGGCAAGGAGUGAUCAGGGAAAACGAAAGGAACGAAAAGCGUCACUCUCGGAUAAAUUCCAGUUAGUCGGACAGCACACGAGACAAUGGGCGCUGGUAGCUCCAAGCCCGAGACCUCGGAAGGGUCGAGGCAUGUUUUCUCGAGCACAUCACCCAUCCAGUUCUCCGCAAACCUCGUCGAGGCCCUCCAAACCAGCGCAGAGACGGACUCCACCCGCGCCAAAACCCUCGAACUCCAAAUCCAAGCCCGCGUAGCCCAAGAACUCGAACGCAUCCGAGCCCGCGAACAACAGACCCUCAAAGACAUCGAGAAGCGUCUCGCUGAAGCCAAGACCGCAGAUGCCCUUACGACGACCCCCGCGGCGAUAUCCACCACUUCCCCGACUCGGGGUUCACUGGACCUAGACGCCCCCCGGAUUCCCUUCGCGGGCCGUGACUCCGCCCCCGUCGCAACCGAAGGGCAGACCGUUGCCGUUGCCGUCCGUGAUAUUUCUAGGGAUAGCGUGGCGAGUGAGAUCCAGGAGCUUCGGAGUAAGCUUGAUGGGCGCAGGAAGUUGAUGGAGCUGCCUGAGGGAGUGGAGAAGGCGCGGAAUGAAGUUGUUAGCUGUUUGCGGUUGAAUGAUAGGAGGCCGUUGGAUUGCUGGAAGGAGGUCGAGGGAUUCAAGAAGGAGGUUGCUAGGUUGGAGGAGGCAUUUGUUGAUCGGAUUGUUGGGUAGAUUUUUUUCGUUUUCUGGCCCAUCUUAUGCUCAACGCAUGUAUGGAUCGAACGGAUAAGAGGGUAUGUCCUGUCGGUGUCGGGCACUUCAAGAGCUUGUCUGUCUGCUAUAUGUACCAUUGUAUAUGGAUU